UGGCACCACUCCUGGUAGCAUGUAGAUAAAGACGACAAGGCUGACUGGAUACUGAAUCUCUUUAUUAUUCCUCUGGGAAACACACUAACAACAGCUGAGAGGUGUCAGGCAACAUUUAAAAGGAUGAUGUGGCGUAUACGCCGGCGCUCCAGGACAAUCUGUCUGUCCUUGGCCUUCAUCACCAUUUUCAUUCACCUCCUCCUGGCUCUUGUUUCAUUUUCCAUUUACCACCAGCCUUGUGACACCCCACUGCCACCCGGGACACAUAUUCUGAGAGACCUGGCACACACCAACUACACCUCUGUGGUGAUCAGAGGUCCAGCUGAGCUACCAACUGAUACCAUACAAAGAGAUUCUUCCCAUAAAGAUGGAAAGAAGAUGGUUAAGAGUCAUGUACGACCACUUUCUGACAAAGGAGGCAAAAAUGCCUCGAUUGAGUCAGACUUGCUAAAGCUGGAAGCGUUGUUUGGCCACCCACUCUACAACAUGCCCAGCCCUCCUGUCCCUGAAGAGGACUGGCUGCUGAGGGUGAAACCAAAAGUCAAGGCGAGUGAGAGGAGCUCCCAGAGGUGGGUGAGUGCGAGCCAGGACGGCUAUGAGGAUGUUCACUGGAACAGCAGCAGUAGCAGCCACCCUCCGUGGCUGCGCUUUCACCUGGGCAUCUCCCGCUGGCAGCUCUACCCCCAUCAUGACCCCAACAUGGAGCCCCUGAUGCAGCAGCUCGCCGCGCACCGCAUCGUCAGCGCAGUGCAGAAAUCUGGGGGUACUCAGUUGAAGCUGGUGAUGUCAUUUCCCAACUAUGGACAAGCCAUGUUCAAGCCUAUGAAGCAGGAGAGAGAUGAAGAAACCAACUACAACCUGUACUAUUUCUCUGACUUUGAGCGGCACAAUGCAGAAAUUGCAGCUUUUCAUCUGGAUAGGAUUUUGGGUUACAGGAGAAUCCCCCCUGUGGCUGGGAGGCUGGUGGAUGUGGUCAAGGAGAUCAAAGACGUCACUACUGACCGCAAGCUGGCACGAACCUUUUUUACCUCCCCUGUGGGAAAUGAGUGCUUCUACGGCCAGUGCUCCUACUACUGCUCAACAGAGCACGCUGUGUGUGGCCGCCCCAGGGACCUGGAGGGCUCCUUGGCUGUCAUGCUGCCAGAUCUCUCCCUGGCGAGGCGCAGGACCUGGAGAUCUCCGUGGAGACGUUCCUACAGCCGCAGCAAGCUGGCAAAGUGGGAGACAGAACCUGAGUACUGCUCCACGGUGAAAAAGACGCCGCCGUACGACAAGGGCACGCGAUUGGUGGACUUCAUAGACAUGGUCAUACUGGACUUCUUGAUGAGUAACAUGGACAGGCACCACUAUGAAACAUUUGAGAAAUUUGGCAAUAAUACUUUUCUGCUACACCUUGACAACGGGAGGGCGUUUGGGCGUCACUCCAAAGAUGAGCCUUCGAUCUUAACUCCCUUAAAACAGUGCUGCAGAAUCCGUCGCUCCACUUGGCUACGCCUGCGUCUCCUGUCUUUGCCUCACUAUCGUUUAAGCAAUGUUAUGAGAGCGUCACUUUCUCGUGAUCCCCUUCACAAGGUGGCCCCACUUCUGGCAGAGCCCCACCUUACGGCUUUAGAUCGACGUUUGAAAACUGUCCUAGGAACUGUAAGUCACUGUCAAAAGCAGCAGAAAAGAAAUGGCAACGGUGAAGACAUCUUCUAUGAGGACACGACCUCUCUGAAAGACGUGGCUACUCCCGCUGGUUAGAGCAGUCUCACAUAUCUGUCACAUUAUAUCUGUUUAUUUUCAUACUUCUGCAACAUGAUGCAGGAGUUCAGAGUUAUAAAACAUCAUUUAUAGGAGCUAUAUACAUUUAAAACCCUCUUUGAUUAGUAACUGUCAGACACAUGAUGAUAAAUGAUUAACACAAUGUAAUGAAGCAGUAUUGUCACAAAUAGGAUAUAAUUUUUAGGAGGCUAGCUAGUCAGUUCCCUGCAAUAUUAUGUGUCCUGGUCUGUGGGCCUGCCUGGUACUGGGUGUUUUUGUAUAUGUUUUCAACACUUUUCUACAAAGCACCUAAUAAAAAGACUUUCAUGUAUUUGGUUUAGUGCACAAAACAGUGACUAUGAGUGAAUUUGAGCUUUAAUUCAAGUUUUCAUCUACAUUUUCUGUUUUUCUGGUUGUUAACCUGAGGGAUCCUUGAUUUGUGUUAAUAAAAUGAUUGCUAAUA